AUGACGGUGUGUUUGGUGUCAGGAAAGUAUGCAAAGACACCUGUCUUGCCCAAAGGCGAGGCCAUCGACUUGAAACUGAUAUUAAGGGGUGUUAGACUGGAGCAAACUGUGAAAUUUCUUGACAUAAUUGCGUCAAGCUCUCAAAGCCGAAGGGAGCCAGAGUACGCAUGGAAUGACAGUGCCGGUUCGUACGACACCGGUGCUGUUCGAAAACAGCUGGGUGCAACGUUGACUACGCCCGUACAAGAUACAGACGAACGCCAGAUCAUGUCGAUCGGCCCCGAGAGCUUGAGGUCAUCUUUAGCUGAAGCUAUGAGCAAGGAUGCGCCAGUGAAGUAUUACUCUUCCGAUUCCUGGAUCGACGAAUAUUCCAGGCCGCCCCCAAGGCACAUCACAUUUUGCCCAUAUUGUGAUUCACCACAGGAUGGAUACAGCGUUACGGAUCCCAUUUACACACAGCUCUUGACGGAAACACUAAACCAGACCGAGUCGCCCGCACGUGCCUUACAGGCGGUAUAUUUUACGCAUGCUCGAGCCGUGUAUUACGAUUAUAUUCAGAUGUUCAGCCCUGUCGGAACUGCGAGCAUCACCUCCUUUGAAACAACUUUGGUGCCAAGCACACACUGGGGCUACUUUUCAGUGAUGGGAGCCCUCGGCCUCUUCAUGGUCACAUUUGGCCUCGUCGCCUCCCUCUUCCGCUCUACCAGGUAUAGCUUACCAGAAAACGCCUGGCAUACCGUCGCCCAGAUAUCAGAAAGCCCUGAGCUAUCCGAGCUUCUUUGUGAAGUCAAGUCGGCGUCCGACGAUGCGGUGGAAAGCAUCAUCUACGGGACUACGUCUCCGGCUGGCUUGUCUGGUCAUUUGAAACGAUUAUACAAGACUUUCAAGACGCCUUCUUCACCCCUAUCAUCUCUUAUCGGGCCUCGAUCCCGGGACAAAGUCUCUCAGUUUGUCGUCCGUGACGGCGUGUUCGUUCGCGUCGUGGGGGCCGAAACAAACUCGCGACAGGAACUAAGCGAGUUGCGACAUCGACCGGCCACGACAGAACUAGCACCACAGUAUUCACAAGGGUAG